GUGCGGAUUACGGUCGAGUCAGUAUCAAUUAUCGUUGGGCAAUCAACGGCGAAGUUAACGGCGAGUCGCGGAAGAUAAAACUGCAAAAUUUCAUCCCGAUUCUUGGACAUCACGAUGACGCCACGCUCCGUAAACAAUUUUCUGGCCACAGUCGUUCUGAUAGCGGCGGUGGUUCUGAUGUUCGCCGGUGAAAAUAGCGUCGUCGAGGCGGACGAGUUUCCCGCAUUUUUCCUGAAGGCUGCAAAAUCCGUGCCGAGAAUAGGCAGACGGAGUGGAACCUUCGAGGACUAUUUUCUCAAGGCUUCCAAAAGCAUCCCCCGAAUCGGCAGGAGAGGAGGCUACGCGCCGAGUUCCGUGAAAAGCGCGGAGAAUAACUGGUCCUGGUACCCGAAGCAUCCGACGGACUUGUCGAAAAUCGGUAGCGAGGAUUUCUCGUCAUCGGAAAAUUACGAGAGAGCGAUGCAGCAACAAUCUCCCGAAUUAUGGGAAAUCAUAUCGGCCGGCGCUACGCCGGAUUCUCCGUCGGCGGCGGGGUUCAACGACGACCUUUGGCAGCGGGAAAAAAGGACUGGAAGCGAACGGGCGGAGGUGUAGACAAGUGGAUGUGAACGACACGAAUUAGAUAUAGAUAUAAUUACAAGAGAAUGGACGACGAAAAA